AUGCAAAACCAAGCGAAUGCUGACGAGAAUGAUGGAUCUCGUAGUUUGGCGACUUUCCAAAGGGAGAAUCCGCCGGUGUUCAAGGGUACGCAUGACCCUGAUGGUGCUCUUGAUUGGUUGAAGGAGCUCGAGCGAAUCUUCCGUGUUAUGGAUUGUACUCCUGCUCAGAAGGUCAGAUAUGGCACUCAUAUGCUGGCUAAGGAAGCUGAUGAUUGGUGGUUGGAGACGCUUGCUAGGUUGGAGUUUUCAGGUGAGGAAGUCACUUGGAAUGUGUUCCGCAGGGAAUUUUUGAGGAAGUACUAUCCUGAAGAUGUUAGGGGUAAGAAAGAGAUAGAAUUCCUAGAGUUGACGCAAGGGAACAAGUCCGUGACUGAGCAUGCUGCCAAGUUCACUGAGUUGAUUAAGUUCUAUCCUCACUUUGAUGGCGAAGGUGCUGAAUUUUCUAAGUGCGUCAAGUUUCAGAAUGGGUUACGCUCAGAGAUCAAGAAGGCUGCUGGGUACCAAAAGAUCCGUUUAUUUUCUGCUUUGGUUGACAGUUGUAGGAUCUUUGAGGAAGAUAGUAAUGCUCAUCACAAGAUGGUUAGUGAUAGAAGGGGCAAUAAUCAACAAAGCCGUGGGAAACCGUAUGAUACUGGUAAAGGGAAACAAAGAGUUACUCAUGUGUUUCAGAUGUGGUAA